GGAGCUGCCAGGCAAAUGGGAGAGCGCACAGCUGUGGUGUCUGACGUGCUGUCUUCUCUUACAGAAAUGAGUAGAAGCUUCUGGCACAGCAAGAGGAGACGUGGGCGAAACCGCCAGCAGAACCCUGCCUUCAGGCAGAGUAAUUCCAAUGAGAGGUACACUGCAGGGACAUCUCGGGGCCCACAAGAUUCUGGCCACCAUGAUGCUCAGGCCCCAUCAACCUCAUCCAGCACAGCUGCGGAGUCAUCUGUGCCAGAACUUCCAGGCUUUUAUUUCGACCCUGAAAAGAACCGCUACUUCCGUUUACUCCCUGGUCAUAACAACUGCAACCCCCUGACAAAGGAGGGCAUCCGGCACAGGGAAAUGGAGAGCAGAAGGCUGCAGCUGCUUCAGCAAGAGGACAAGCAGGAAAAGAAAAUUACUAGAAUGGGAUUUAACGCAUCUUCCAUCCUACGGAAAAACCAGCUGGGUAUUCUCAACAUCACCAGUUAUUGCCGUUUAUCCCAUGAGCUGCGGGUGAGCUGCAUGGAGAGGAAAAAGGUGGAGAUUCAGAGCGCAGACCCUUCUGCUCUGGCAAGUGACCGGUUUAACUUCAUCCUGGCAGAUACUAGCAGUGACCGCCUCUUCACAGUGAAUGAUGUCCAAAUAGGAGGCUCCAAGUACGGCAUCAUCAACCUGCAGGGUCUGAAGGCCCCCACGUUCAGGGUGCACAUGCACGAGAACCUGUACUUCACCAACAGGAAGGUGAACUCUGUGUGCUGGGCCUCGCUCAGUCACUUGGAUUCCCACAUCCUGUUGUGCCUCAUGGGCCUUGCAGAGACACCAGGCUGUGCCACCCUGCUCCCAGCAUCACUGUUCGUCAGUAAUCACCAAGCGGGUACAGACCAGCCUGGCAUGCUCUGCAGCUUCCGGAUCCCUGGUGCCUGGUCCUGUGCCUGGUGCCUGAACACCCAGGCAGAUAACUGCUUCAGUACCGGUUUGUCUCGAAGGAUCCUGUUGACCAAUGUGGUGACAGGGCACCGGCAGUUAUACGGGACCAACAGUGAUGUCUUGGCUCAGCAGUUUGCUGUCAAGACUCCCUUACUGUUUAAUGGCUGUCGUUCUGGGGAGAUCUUUGCCAUUGACCUGCGGUCUCCAAGUCAAGGCACGGGCUGGAAGGGCAUGCGAAUUUUCCACGACUCCGCAGUGACCUCUGUGCGGGUCCUCAAGGAGGAGCAAUACCUGAUAGCAUCAGACAUGGCUGGAAAGAUCAAGCUGUGGGACCUGAGGGCCACUAAAUGUGUUGUGAGGCAGUAUGAAGGUCAUGUGAAUGAGUAUGCCUACCUGCCCCUGCAUGUGCACGAGGAGGAAGGAAUCCUGGUGGCAGUGGGCCAAGACUGCUAUACCAGAAUCUGGAGCCUCCAUGAUGCACACCUGCUCAGAACCAUACCUUCUCCAUACCCCACCUCCAAGGCCAACAUUCCUAGUGUGGCCUUCUCUUCUCGCCUUGGGGGCCCCCAGGGAGCCCCAGGGCUGCUCAUGGCUGUCCAGAAGGACCUUUACUGUUUCUCCUACAGCUCAUUCUGUCCAGGCCAUCUGGAGGAAGGCAGGAAUCACCCAGUGAUGGAGACUUCCUGAGUGUUCAGCACUGCAGCCCAGGAAUACGUGCAUCUACCCUGGAGAAGGCACCCGGGCUGCAGAGGGAAUGGCAGGGAAGACGGAUCCUUUCGAGUGCUGUGGCUCUAAACAUCCCCGAACAUGGCUUUCUUGAGUUUCCCCAGGUGUAAGGGACAGUGGCUUCUGUUACAGUGGCUUGAGUGUCAGUUCUAAAGCUCAAGGCCAAAUUUGGCUUUGACCUUUUAUCUUGGAGCUGCAGCUUUUAAAAUAUUUAUGCUAAAAUCCUUUCUACCUACCAAUAAAGUAAAAAGAAGCAUGUGA